CCCUAAUAACAUAUUUGAAAGGGCGUGAAUCCAAUUUUUGGUCGUACAUGGAAUUUUUGACUCUAAACCGCACUAUCAUUAUCGAAUCGCCACCAUUUACAAACAAUUGGACAGGACUAAAUGGCACGUGGUUUAAACGAUUUGUGCAAGCAUCGGAAGAGCUGGGUCCGGUAUCAACCGCUGUCGUGGAAGAGAAAGUAGAUGUUCGUCUGUACUGGGAGGAUGUUAUAGAUGAGCGCAAAAAGAAUCGCGUAAAAAGAACUUUUCGAUCAAAAGCUUUAGAUAUUUAUCAAGUUGUAGGGGAAAAUGUGGGUGAAGAGAUUCAGGACGAAUUCAAACCACCGUCGAAAAGGCUCAAGAAGGAUGAACCAGAAAAGAUACCAUAG